AUGGCAGCAGCUGCAGUUUCUGAUCACUCGUCUGCUGAUGAUACUUGUUUUGAUAAUCCCUUUGAGUACAAGAAAUCGGUUCAAUCCAUUGUAGAUUCGUCCAAUCUGAAACAUCUCCCUUCCAAAUAUAACCUCGAACUCGGAGGCGGCAAUGACACGAGCGCUACGAGCAGCGAAUCGCUCCCCGUCAUCGACUACUCCGCCCUUACCUCCACGGACCCUAAUCGACGCUCUGAAGCCGUCGCUGAAUUCGCCAGAGCAUGCGCGGAUUGGGGGGUUUUCUUCCUGGUGAAUCAUGGGCUGCCGGAGGAGUUGAUUGCUUCACUAUUUGCAACAGUGAGGGAGUUUUUCAACUUGCCUGACGAUGAGAAGAAGCAGUACGAGGGGAAAAGUACUUCUUCUCCGAUCGUUUGUGGGAAUUUCAACGUGAAGACUACAUCCAACCAAACCUUCACUUUGUGGAGGGAUUUUCUCAAGAUCCACGUGCACCCUGAAUUUCACUGCCCCUCCAAACCCCAACCAUUAAGGUAG